AUGCUCUGGUCCUUUCGGGAGCUCACUCACAGCGCAGCCAUUAACGGUGGUGGUCCGGCCGGAACCUCAGACGGAGUUCCACCUCAGCAGGAGGUGCAGCUGUGCGUCUCCGAUGGAGAAGUGAACGUACACGGAGUGGUGAGCGCCUCCGAACUCAUCAACACAGCAAAGUCAGACAUCCCCUUUGUGCUGAAGUUGGAGGCGCUCCCCCACACCUCCUGCUGGCCUCCUCAGUCUCUCUUCUUCAUGGCUCCAAGUUUCCCCGACAAACAGCGAUGGGUGUCGGUACUAGAGUCAGUGUGUGGGAAAGGAGGGGCAGAAGGAGGCGCGAAACUUCUGGGGAACUCAUUACUGAAACUGGAAGGAGACGACCGCCUUGACAUCAACUGCACGCUGCCACUCACCGACCAGGUGGUGCUGGUGGGGGCGGAGGAGGGCCUCUAUGCUCUAAAUGUUAUCAAAAACUCUCUGACCCACGUCCCGGGGCUCGGCUCAGUGUUCCAGAUGCAGAUCCUGAAAGAGCUGGACAGGCUGCUGCUGAUCACAGGAGAGGAGCGCGCUCUGUGUCUCGUGGACAUUAAAAAAAUCAAGCAGAGUUUGUCUCAGUCUCACCCACCCCCAUCGGAACUCUGCCCCCUGCUGGUCGACCUGGUGAAGGGCUGUCACCUCUUCUCCUCUGGAAAGGUCGAUGGAGGGAUGUGUAUCUGUGCCGCAAUGGUCAAUAAGAUCAUCAUUCUGAGGCACAACGACAACCUCAGCAAGUUCUGUGUUCGCAAAGAGAUAGAGACCUCAGAGCCCUGCAGCUGUGUUCACUUUACGUCUUACUCCAUCAUCAUUGGAACAAACAAGUUCUACGAGAUUGAAAUGAACCAGUACAUCCUGGAAGAGUUCCUGGAUAAAGACGAUGUGACUCUGGCGUCUGCAGUGUUCGCUGCCUCCUCCCACAGUUUCCCCAUCUCCAUCAUCCAAGUGACCGCUACACACAGGGACGAGUACCUGCUGUGUUUCCAUGAGUUUGGAGUCUUUGUGGACUCGUACGGACGCAGGAGCAGAAGUGACGAUAUCAAAUGGAGCCGCUUUCCCCUGUCUUUCGCCUACAGAGAGCCCUACCUGUUUGUGACCUACUUCAACUCUGUGGAUGUGAUUGAGGUCCAAGGACACUCUGCUCUGGGACCUCACUCGUACGCCCACCUGGAUCUCCCAAACCCACGAUAUCUGGGCCCUGCGAUCUCCUCAGGCGCGGUGUACCUUGCCUCCUCCUACCAGAACAAGCUGAGAGUGCUCUGCUGCAAAGGAAACAUGCUAACAGGAGGAGAAAGGGAGGAGGAACGAGGAGGGAGGAGCCCAAACAAACGUGGCCCGCCAACCUACAACGAGCACAUCACCAAACGUCUGGCAGGCAAUCCCCAGGACGCUGGAGUCUCCCACAGAGACCCAGGGACCCCUCACAGAUACAGAGAGGCCAGUGCUGACCCAGGGACCCCACAUAGAUACAGAGAGGCCAGUGCUGACCCAGGGACCCCACAUAGAUACAGAGAGGCCAGUGCUGACCCAGGGACCCCACAUAGAUACAGAGAGGCCAGUGCUGACCCAGGGACCCCACAUAGAUACAGAGAGGCCAGUGCUGACCCAGGGACCCCACAUAGAUACAGAGAGGCCAGGGCUGACCCAGGGACCCCCCACAGAUACCCUGGAACCCCCCACAGAGACCCAGGGACACCCCAUAGAUACAGAGAGGCACGGACAGAGUUCAGGCGUGAGCGUUCCCCUGGCCGGCCCAUGGACCGGUCGGCUCCCAGGCCCCUAGACCGGCCGGCCCAGAGAGAGAAGUCCCCUGGACGCCUGCUGGAGGGGCGGGGGGCAGGGUCUCCAGGUCGGGCUAUGGACCCCCGCAGAGACAGGUCUCCAGGGAGAGGCCUCGAGGAGAGACAAAGGCUCCAUACAGGGUCUGGACGCACCCCCAUCCCGCCCACCAAGGUCUGGGACCAGUCGUCAGUUUGA